CUGCAAACGUUGAUCCCUUCCUAAAACGCUACAGGGCGAAGGAUCACUUUUUAUAUUCCUACACGCUACACGAUGGCGACAUUCAACCACGAGCUGCAUACGCGCUAUUUCCUCAAGAAUCUGCGGUCGCUGCCUGCGCCGUACGCGUCCCAGGACUCGCAGCGGGUAGUGUUGGCCUUCUUCUGCAUCCACGGACUGGCGCUGCUGGAGGAGCUGGAGCGCGUAGACAAACACCAGAUCAUUGAGUGGGUCUACAGUCUGCAGGUGCCUCCGGAUUGCCGUGAUGCCAGCCUCAAUGCGGGCGACUGCGGCUUCCGGGGCGGGACUUUCAUGGGAAAUGCCUUCGGUUGCCCACCGUCCCAGUAUCAGAGCGAAGUGUACGACUCGAGUAACAUCGCAUCGACCUUCGCGGCGCUCUGCAUCCUUCGGACGCUCGGGGACGACCUCAGUAGAGUGAACAAGGCUGCAAUCAUUGGAUCUCUAAAGCAUCUACAGAACAAGAAGACAGGAUGCUUUUCGUCUGCAAAUUCUGGGUCGGAAGAGGAUAUGCGCUUCGUCUACUGCGCCUGUGCCAUCUCGUACAUUCUGGAAGACUGGUCCGGUAUCGACCUGACGGCGAUGGUGCGCUUCAUCAACUCGUGUCUGAACUAUGACGGAGGCAUCGGACUCAGUACUGGCGCUGAAUCGCAUGGUGGGGCUGUAUUUGUUGCCAUCGCGUCGCUGUUUCUGUCUGGACGAAUGAUGCAGCUCAAGUGCGAGCAUUCGGAGCUGAUACGGUGGCUGGCGUUCCGACAGCAAGGAGGUUUCCAGGGACGAUGCAACAAGAGCCCAGACUCCUGCUACGCCUUCUGGAAUGGAGCGACUCUCAAUCUCCUAGGCAAACACUCGCUCGUGGAUAUCCCCAGUUGCAAGAAGUUCAUCUACUCGUGCCAAUUCCCCUUUGGCGGACUGUGUAAGUACCCCGAUACAGUUCCAGACGUGAUGCAUUCGUACCUCAGCCUGGCAUGGCUAAGCAUUGCUGCAAAUUCAAACACGAGCAUGGUCGAUGGAGAGGAACUGCCUAAACUCGCACCUCUGGACACGAAGCUCCAAGUGCCCUUCUUCCCAAAACCUCAAUGCAUGUCGAAGAAGUGAUAGGGAGCCGAGACCAGCAAAGAGUUCCGUAGUUUAGACUUGGCUAUCGAACAAGAGAGCAAUGCGUUGCGUUCCUUCAUCCUGUUACUGUAUGCGCAGACAGUUCCAGUACUUUAAUCUAGUAACAUGCACACUAUAACAACAAGUAAAAGGAAGGUAAGAAGGUG